AUGAGCGCGCCGAUUAACCCCAAGCCCUUCCUCGCCGCGCUCACGGGCAAGCGCGUGGCGGUGCGACUGAAGUGGGGGAUGGAGUACCGCGGGUUUCUCGUCUCCACCGAUGCGUACAUGAAUCUCCAGCUCGCGUCCACGGAAGAGUACAUCGAUGGCGAGUUACAAGGGGCGUUGGGAGAGGUGUUGAUACGGUGUAAUAACGUCAUGUACCUACGAGGGGUGGAGGAGGAGGAGUGA